CUCAAACACACGCGCGCACACACGCGCACACACACUUCCGCGUUGCCUGUCACCGUAAAGCAGGAAGCGCUGUAGUAAUGUGUGGGAGUUAAUCUGCUGCUGUUUACAGGUGUGACGUCAGAGCGGGCAGAAGCUACAUGGAGGCUAGCUGAACCCUCUGGACCAAUCAGCGCGCAGAGGCACUGCGGUACAUUAGCGCCAGGAUGCCAGCCGGAGUGUGCGGCUGCUGUGGGCCGCUGAGGCCGAGGUACAAACGCCUGGUGGACAACAUCUUCCCCGAGGACCCCAAAGACGGCCUCAGUAAGUCGGACAUGGAGAAGCUGACCUUCUACGCCGUGUCGGCUCCAGAGAAGCUGGACCGGAUCGGCGCCUACCUCGCCGAGAGGCUGAGCAGAGACGUGCUGCGCCACCGCUACGGGAACGUGGUGAUCGCCAUGGAGGCUCUGGACCAGCUGCUGAUGGCCUGUCACUCUCAGAGCAUCAAACCCUUCGUGGAGAGCUUCCUGCACAUGGUGGCCAAGCUGCUGGAGUCCGGGGAACCGGACCUGCAGGUCCUGGGGACCAACUCGUUUGUGAAGUUCGCCAACAUCGAGGAGGCCACGCCUUCUUACCACCGACGCUACGACUUCUUCGUGUCCCAGUUCAGCGCCAUGUGCCACUCCACCCACCAGGACCCCGAGACCAGAACCAGGAUCCGCGUGGCCGGGAUCAAAGGCCUGCAGGGCGUCGUGAGGAAGACGGUGAACGACGAGCUGCAGGCGAUCAUCUGGGAGCCGCAACACAUGGACAAGCUGAUCCCCUCCAUGCUGUUCAACAUGCAGGAGAGCGAGGACCUGGACCGGGCGGGGCAUCCCAGCACACCUUCGGUGGCGGGUCAGGAUGGCGAGGAGAACCCGGCGGCGCUGGCGGAGAGCUGCUUCAGGGAGCUGCUGGGCCGGGCGGCCUACGGCAACAUGAACAACGCCGUGCGGCCCGUGCUGGUCCACCUGGACAACCACCAGCUGUGGGACCCCAAUGAGUUUGCAGUGUCCUGCUUCCGGAUCAUCAUGUACUCCAUCCAGGCUCAGCACUCCCACCACGUCAUCCAGCAGGUCCUGAACCACCUGGACACCAACAACAAGAACACGCCGCGGGUCAGAGCCGGCAUCGUCCAGGUCCUCCUGGAGACGGUGGCCAUCGCCGCUAAAGGCUCAGUGGGCCCCACGGUGCUGGAGGUGUUCAACACUCUGCUCAAACACCUGAGGAUGAGCGUGGACUUCGAGCUGGGCGAGGACUCCCGGAGGAACUCCAGCACCAGCGCUUCGUCUGGCCGCGGCAAAGAGAGCGAGGAGAGGAUCGUCCAGAACGCCAUUAUCCAGACCAUCGGCUUUUUCGGUGGAAACCUGCCGGACUACCAGCGAGCUGAAGUCAUGAUGUUCGUCAUGGGCAAGGUGCCCGUCUACGGGACGCCCUGCCACACGUUGGACACCGUCAAGAUCGGGCAUCACGGCACCAAGCGGAUCCAGACCAUGCUGCUCAGCUCGCUCAUCAUGGUGACCUCUGGCUUUAAGUCCAAGUCCAUGGCGGCUGCGCUGCCUCCUCCCUUCCUGGAUCCGCUCUUCUCCAUCUCCCUGAUGGAGGACAGCGAGCUGAGGCAGCUGGUGUUUGAAAUCCUGCACAACAUCAUCGAUCGGCAUGACAACCGCGCCAAGCUACGUGGCAUCAGAAUUAUUCCAAAUGUUGCAGCGUUGAAGAUUAAAAGAGAGAAGAUCUCCAAGCAAGACGUGGCCUUCAUGAAGAAGCACGGCCAGCAGCUCUACCGUCACAUCUACCUGGGCUGUAAAGAGGAGGACAACGUCCACAAGAACUUUGAGCUGCUCUUCACCACUCUGGCCAUCCUGACCAUCGAGCUGGCCAACGAGGAAGUGGUCAUCGACCUCAUCCGGCUCUCCAUCGCCCUGCAGGACAUGGUUCUGGCCAAUGAGGAGAACAUGCCGAUGCUCAUCCGCUGCGGCAUCAUGGCGUUGGUGGCGGCGUACCUCAACUUCCUCAGCCAGAUGAUCGCCAACCCUCCGUUCUGCCAGCUGGUCAGCAAGGUCAUCGAGCUGAGGAGCAUGGAGGCGGCGUUCCUCCUCCCGGAGCACAUCUUCAGAGACAAGUGUCCACUCCCAGAGUCUCUGGACCAGGAGGACCGGCUGCUGUACUUCCAGACGGCCGACAUGGCCGAGUGUCUGGCCGGACCGGGCUACAACGCGGAGAGGCUCUCCAUCCCCUACGUUCCCCAGGUCACAGAUCUAGACCGUCUGAGCAGGAGGAAGAGCUUCGUGGACACCAUCUCCCUCCAGGUGGACAUCGUGUCCAACAGCCUUCCAGACAAGUCGCAGCUGGCGGAGGAGAUCACGUUCGAGACCCUGAAGAAGGCCAUCGACACCACCGGCCUGGAGGAGCAGGAGAGGGAGAAGAGGCGCCAGGUGAUGGAGAAGUUCCAGAAGGCUCCGUUUGAGGAGAUCGCUGCCCACUGCGAGUCCAAGGCCAACAUGUUGCACGACCGUCUGGCUCAAAUCUUUGAACUUACAAUUAGGCCUCCACCCAGCCCGUCCGGAGUGGUCUCCAUCUCGUCGGGUCACACUCAGCACCAGUCCGUCCCCGUCUACGAGAUGAAGUUCCCGGACCUGUGCGUCUACUGAUCACACCUCCACGAACCCAGAACCCCUCCAUCACAAUCUGAGUCACUUUCCUCCAAUCAGCCGCACGAAGGAGCAAAAUGUUGAUCAAACGUACGAAUUGUAAAAAAAGAAAAAGCCACUUCCUUAAUCUCGUGUGAAACUCUCCAAAUUCAAACCUGAAUCAUUGCUGUAAACGCAACGCGCUGUUUUCUCCUUUUUAAGCUGCUCAAUCGAGUUUAAAGCAGCUCUAUGAGGACCCCGAUGUGCCGAGCUAAACUAAACCUGCGAGUCUCCACAAACAAAGAGAGGGAGCUUCCACUCUGGUGCCGGUGUGUAGACGCGGAGUCCGAUGAUGCUUCCCAGCAUGCAUCUGGUGGAGCUGAAGCUUCUCAACCUCGUGCACGCGCCGCAGUCUAAAAUUAAUGGCUAAAACCCAUUUUAGGCCUAAAAGUUGCUCCUUCAGAACCGGCGUCUGCCACCUAAACGAGCGUCUGUCCUUAUUCUCAGUAGGCGUCAGCGUCACAAAUAUGUAGAAGUGUGCAAUAUCUUAGCUGCCGGACAGGAAACUGAGUUGGUUUCAGGUCGACUGCUUCACGGAGUUCCUCGUGUGGAAACGAACGGCUUCGCCCGGGAGAAGCGGCUCGCUCAUGGUUGGUGAUUUUUCCAGAUGAAGGAUAUAUCAGUCGGGUUCUGGUCACCGGCAUCUAUCGGGAGUUUUUUCCGGUUCUCGCUUUCCCCCGUUGGCGUUAAGUUCCAGGAGCCCGAACCUCUCCGUUGUCGGGCGUUGUUCCUCAAAGAUGAACGAGCGAUCGGCGUAAAACGUGUGGCAAUAUAUAUUUUUAGGAACAUUUUUGAUAAUUCAGACUUUAUUGCAUUGAAUCCAGACUCUAUUGCAGUUGAACAUUGCUAGCCUAAGAGGAAGAUAACAUCCUGUGCUGAACCCCCAAACCAACCUCUUAGUGGCUGGAUUAUAUCUACGAAUAGCAGAAAUGACCACCAGUGGGCGCUACGCCAGACCCCUGAGAUUCAGGAGGAUUCAGUCCCGAUCUGCCCCCUAGUGGAUGGACCGUGAACUCCCCCAUGAACGCUUGAUGUCGGGCUAGCACAUGAACCGAAUCAGCGACUUCUCAAAGCGUACGAGUUGUUAGAAUCCAGUAUGUCAUCUUUUGUUGGGGGAGUAAAUCAUCUGCUUAUUGGAGAGUCCCCACAAGGCCGCAUUCCAUCUCCAAAAAGAGGUUUACGGGGACGCGUUUCUGGAAUCUGGAGCCUUCAUAUCUGCUGCAGAGCUGCAGCUGUGGUCUGUAAUGACAGACGGUUAUCAGUGUUUCCUCUGAUCCGAGCUCAGGGUGGGAUCCCCUGCAGUUGGAGGCAGACGCCCGCCGCCAUCGUCGGGUCUGAGCAGCUGUGAGCGGUUCCGGUCCGAGGCCGGCGCUGGUUUUCUCUCUGGUUUGUGGAUCCUCAGACGUGUUCCUGUCGGGCAGAAUCAGAUGCUGAAGGAUGGAGGAAAGUGGACGAGGGAGAAGGAGGAGAAAGCGUCGGUGUUGUGUUUCAGAUGGUUUUGUAUGUUGAAGGUCGUGGAGGAGAGGGUCCAGACUGGUUCUGGGUUGUGUGUGUGUGUGUGGGGGGGGGAGGGGGGGGGGGAGGUCCAAGUGAGCUUUGGAGGGGAAUCACCAACAUGAGCCCGAGACGUCUGUCUGGUAACUGGUUUCCUCCCGGCAGCCUGCAACAGGCGGUCGUCUUCCAUCCGUGAAGAUGCAAGUCGAGGGUUGUGUCGGGUUAGCAGAGGCUGGCUAGCACUGGUGUGUAACGUAGAAACAACGUUAGCCGAGUUAGCAAAGCCAAGUUCUUUUCGAUCAUCAGCAGACGGACAAGUUUAAGUUUAAGUUUGAAAACAAGGGUCAUGAAACAAGGGUUGUUGUGGGUAACUCGGUCGCCUCGCACGGCCGCGCGACUCUUUUAGUGAGAAAGGGCAGAAUAAUACUAAUUAAUAAUAAUUAUUCUAAACUAUUAAUGAAGCCCCCUCUGUGCACAUCGGCGCUGCGUGACCGUCUCAGCUUCACAUGCAAACUCUUAUGCUUUAACAUCACAGCUCGUACCUAGAACAUGCGUCACGUGCACUAACUGCGUCCCCUGGGCCCCCCAUGGGCCCCCAUGGGCCCCCAUGGGCCCCCCAGGGCCCGCUGGGAACACAGAUCCACCUCAACGAGUCGUCUUUAGUAGUCUGCGUCCUGAACUCUGAACUCUUCUUCUGAUUGGCGGUUUGGAGAACAGAUGUUUGAAGAGCACGACCACUUCCUUUAUGAAUGUGUCACUAUAGCAGCGUAUCAUAUAUAUAUUUUUGUACAUGCCUCACGUGCGGCUACAUUGUUGCCUGGUAGAGAUUAGGAGAUCACGUUUAUCAAGACUAACACAAAUGCUGAUUUCUUUUUUUUUAUGUACUUGUUGUUGUUGUUUACGAUUAUGUCGGCGGUUCAGGGUUUCAAUGGGAUCGUGCAGUUCUUAUCAAUACGGGAGAAAUGGUCUCACUUGUGGAAAUGUUACUUGAUUAUUAUCUUUGUUAUAGAAUCCAUUUGUGUCAUUUUAAAAAUGCUGAGAAAUGAAUGAAUAUUAUAUCCAUAGUUAUUUUUGCAUAGAUGAAGUGGAGUAAAUCAAUUUUAGCAUCUAGUCGAUCGAUUUAUUUUAUUUUCACGGGAAGUUGCAGCUUCGGCUCCGGAUUCACUCAAAUUAUUAUUAUUAUUAUUAUUAUUAUUAUUAUUAUUAUUAUUAUUAUUAUUAUUAUUAUUAUUAUUAUGGCUUUUGGUUUCAGUUCCGCUCGCUCCUCUAGGACCCACCCAGAGGGGUUCUACCAAGACCUGUUUGAGGAACCUGUACUUUGAAGAGCCGGAUUAUCCCCCAAAUGGAAAUAAGAUCCAGAAUAUUAAUAAGAGUCCUAAAAUCCUUUCACGUAUGUUCUUCCGCGUCGAGUGAAUCUGGACCGGAAGCGCCAACUUCCUGUCGACAGUCGAAGCUGUUCAAUAAAGUUCAAAUCAGACGUGUGAGUCACCGC